AUGAGUGGUUAUCGUGGGAUUGUAACCAUAGUACUUGAGGUUGUAGUAUCUUCAGACCUUUGGAUAUGGCAUGCGUUCUUUGGAGUUUCUGGUUCAAAUAAUGAUAUCAAUGUGUUAGAUCGUUCUCCAAUGUUCGAUGAUAUUCUAAAUGACCGUGUUUCGGAGGUAAAUUAUACUAUUAAUGGUAAUAAUUAUACUAUGGGAUACUAUUUAGCAGAUGGUAUUUAUCCUGAAUGGGCCACAUUUGUCAAAUCAAUCUCAAAGCCACAAGGAGAGAAACGCAAGUUAUUUGCACAAUACCAAGAAGGGCAAAGAAAAGAUGUGGAGCGAGCAUUCGGAGUGUUGCAAACAUGCUUUGCAAUUAUACGUGGUCCAGCUCGCUUUUGGGAAAAGAAGAAGCUUGCCAACAUAAUGAGAGCUUGUAUUAUAUUGCAUAAUAUGAUUGUUGAGGAUGAAAGAGACACUUAUGCAGGAAAUUUUGCUCAAGGCUUAGAGUAUGAUGAUGUCGAAAAUGGCUUAUCACAACCUCAGCUGGGAGAAGAAGAUUUUCCACCAUACCAUCAAUUUCUCCAAAAAAAUGCCCAACUUCGAAAUAGACAGCAGCAUAGACAAUUGAAAGAGGACUUGAUUGAACACAUAUGUACUCUGGAUUGGGCCAUUUCGGAUCUUACUUUUGUUAUCCCUUACAUUGGUUUGUGA